UUAUUUUCAAAAUUUAAAUUUAUUCCAAAUUAAUUUAUUUUUUUCCAUUUUUAUGUUAAAAUUAUUUAAAAAAAGAGGAGGAAACUGUAUUGAAGAAGGGAAAGGCAGCGAAGGACAAUGAAGAGGCGCAAUGCUGAUUGCAGCAAGAUCAGGAGGCCGUUAAAACGGAACAGAAUCACUGAGGGGAUAUACGGCAGCACUUUCUUGUACCUUAAAUUCCUUGUUGUGUGGGCACUGGUGUUGCUGGCAGAUUUUGUCCUUGAAUUCCGCUUUGAAUAUCUUUGGCCUUUCUGGCUCUUCAUCAGGAGUGUUUAUGAUUCCUUCAGAUACCAGGGUCUGGCUUUUUCAGUAUUUUUUGUUUGUGUAGCAUUCACAUCAGAUAUAAUAUGCCUACUCUUCAUACCAGUGCAGUGGCUUUUCUUUGCUGCCAGUACAUAUGUAUGGGUUCAGUACGUCUGGCACACAGAUAUACUAGAAAAAGAAUCGGCAUCUUUUCCAGCCAAUGUGGACUCAGUGGUCAGCUCAUUAAUACAGAAAGAGGAGUGUGUUUACCGACAGUAUCACUAUGGAUACUAUUUGUUUAUAUAGAAGCAGCAAUCAGAUUUAAAGAUUUAAAAAAUUUUCAUGUAGACCUUUGUCGCCCUUUUGCUGCACAUUGCAUUGGUUAUCCUGUGGUGACCCUGGGAUUUGGCUUCAAAAGUUAUGUAAGCUAUAAAAUGCGAUUGAGAAAACAGAAGGAAGUCCAGAAGGAGAAUGAAUUCUACAUGCAGCUCCUACAGCAGGCCCUACCGCCAGAGCAACAGAUGCUACAGAGGCAAGAGAGGGAAGCUGAAGAAGCUGCUGCAGCCAAAGGUAUCACAGAUAUGGAUUCUACACAGCUCCCGCAACACAAUGGAGGAAUUCCAGCAGGUAGAAAAUUGACGACAGCUUUACCAGAACUAGAAUACAAAGAAAAAGGGAAAGAGAAGGACAAAGAAGCCAAAAAACCGAACCUUGGGAUAAACAAUAAUAUUUUACAGCCAGUAGACUCAAAAAUACAAGAAAUUGAGUACAUGGAAAAUCAUAUCAAUAAAAGAUUGAAUAAUGAGCUUGUAGGGAGCACAGAAAACCUGUUAAAGGAGGACUCAUUUACAGCUGCUUCAAAGAAUUACAAGAAUGCUACUGGGGGAAUCAAUUCUUCACCCAGAAGCCACUGCACAUCCAAUGGCAGCAUCCCUUCAUCGUCAUCAUCUGCUAAGAAUGAAAAGAAACAAAAAUGCACUAGCAAGAGCAUGAGUACACACAAGGAAAUAAUGGAAAACUGUAUACCUAACAACCAGCUCAGCAAGCCAGAUACAUUAUUAAGGCUGGAACAGGACAUUAAGAAGCUGAAGGCAGACUUGCAGUCAAGCAGACAGUGUGAACAAGAACUACGCAGUCAGAUCAACUCACUGACCAGCACUGAACGUAGUAUCCGUUCAGAAGUAGGACAGCUCCGACAGGAGAAUGAACUGCUACAGAACAAAUUACAUACUGCUGUGCAAGCCAAACAGAAGGACAAGCAAACUAUAAGCCAGUUAGAGAAGAAACUCAAAGCAGAACAAGAGGCAAAGACCUACCUUGAAAAACAGUUGAUGGACGAGAAGAAGAGAAAGAAGCUGGAGGAGGCAACUGCAGCUCGAGCUGUGGCACUUGCUGCAGCCACAAGAGGGGAAUGCACAGAAACUCUAAGAAGUCGUAUUCGAGACCUGGAGACUGAGUGUAAGAAGUUAACAAUUGACAUGAAAGUCAAAGAAGAUCAGAUUCGUGAACUAGAGAUGAAAGUACAGGAACUGCGUAAAUAUAAAGAGAAUGAAAAAGACACAGAGGUUUUGAUGUCGGCACUUUCAGCCAUGCAAGAUAAAACACAGCACUUAGAAAAUAGCCUGAGUGCUGAGACACGGAUCAAGCUGGAUCUCUUCUCUGCACUAGGGGAUGCCAAACGGCAGCUGGAAAUUGCACAAGGGCAAAUUAUUCAGAAGGAUCAGGAGAUCAAGGAGUUGAAACAGAAAAUUGCUGAGGUCAUGGCUGUAAUGCCCAGCAUUGCAUACACAGCAGCAACCAGCACACUGAGCCCUGUGACACCGCAUUAUUCCUCCAAAUUUGUGGAAACUAGCCCUUCAGGACUUGAUCCCAAUGCCUCAGUUUAUCAGCCAAUGAAGAAGUGACUGCACAGCUCUUUCUCCUGCCCUUCCUUCUCCCCCAUCCUUUCCCAGACUUUAUCGAUGUGGUGACAUCAUGCAAGAGUGUUCUGCAGUCAAGAUGACAAUGUAACGUGUGACUGUACGUACUAGUUGUAGUCAAAAAAAACAAAAAUACAAAAAAUGACAUCAUGGUGUCGACUAGAACUGCCCGAUGGCUUCUUCCUUUCCUGUAAAUUUUUAGAAAACCUCCCAGAACUUUGCAGUUUUUUUUUUUGGAAAGUCUGGUCAGUGCAUUGUGACUUCUUCUAGGUUCGUUCUUCUGCCUUUUAUUUUUUGUUUGGUUUCCUCUCGGAGAAUUUUUUUAAAAAACAGAUCUGCGAACCCACACUCAUGCAAAAGGGUUGGAAACACGGCAAUAAAUUUUAGAUUGAUUUUGAAUCAUUGUUGCUGACUAGCUCUUUCACUGUUGGCCCAUUUAAUCUGUUGAAUACCAUAACCACCUGUUCUACACAAGUGUAGGAGUUCAGAACGUUGAAUAAAUUUGCUCAACAAAUUCAUGUGUAUCAGUCAGUGAAUUGAACUAUUUUACUGUAAUUGCCUCAGCCCCUGCAACUCUCAGAACUAACAUACAUUUCUAGCUCUAAGCCAAAGUGGUGCUGUUAAAUAUUGUAAAAAAAACAUAUACUUUUUAACAGUGACUUUGUCACUAUGUGCCUGAAAUUGAGCAGUGUUUCAGUUCCACAUUAGCCACGUUGAGGAAUUGAAAUCAGGAGGUGGGUGUACUCAGUUCAUGUGUUUUGAAUAUAUACAGUACCAGUUAGGCACGGAAAUAGAAAACUAAAUCUGCUCUGCCUAGUAAUUUAGUUGGUGAUUUGGGACUAGUUGCAUUCUAACUUUUUAGUUCCUAUCUUCAAUUAGAGGGUAUCCAAAAUGGCGGCUAAAAUGCCCAGAGAGAGAGAUGAAGGCCUUUUCUAAUGAAAGUACUAAGGAGUAUCAUUGCUUCCUCCUUGUUUAUAAAUGACUUGAAUUUAAAAUUAAUAUAUUUUAUACCACACUUGUAACAUAAACACUCAACAAUAAGUUAUUGGCAACUGAAUUUAUCUGUGUGAGGAGGAUGCUAUGCAACUCUCACAUCUGCAAUACUAAUAAGUUAUGGCUUCUCUCCUUCCUCAGUUCUCAUCCACCCAAAUGCAUGUUUUUCUGUGGGAUUACAUUUAUAGUUGAUGACUUGCCAAUCAUUAUGCUAUUGAGACAAAUAUUAAUAAAUUCAUCACUAUUCAUGGGCAAAGCUAGGGCGAGAUGUUCAAUAGCCAAUUAAAACUAACCAGUAGUUAAAAGUGGCUAAGGUGGAAAAUGAGUGAAAUGGAUUGCGUGUCCAGUCUGGUGUAGUAUCACUCUUGACUGUUUUGUUAUGACUAUUGCAAAUGUACCUUUUGCCAAAAAGGACCUGAGUAAAAUGAUUAUAAAUCCACUUAUAUCAUUUUGCAGAGGUCAAACACUUCACUCGUUUAGCUGGAAAGUUUGAAAGGCUAAUUGAUCAUUUCACACAAUUGAUUUAGCUAAGAUUUCCCAUAUAAUUCUAUGUAUGAAACAUGUCUUAAUUUUGUUUUGACUUCAGAGAUACAACACUAUGGUAGGCCAAACAGGUUGUGAUUUAUGAAACCUGCAUCAAACCUUGGCAGUUAAGUGGUUAAUGGCAUAACCAAAGGGGAAUGGGUCAUCUGGUUGUUUUCCAGUAAAAUUUAUAGAAAAGGAAACCAAUGUAAUCUCAAAGAUGCCAUUUUCUUCUUCCAUGGACAAAUCAUUAAAGUGUAAAUCUGAGUAACUGUUUAAAUUACUACCAUAUUACUUUUUUAAAGUUGCUGUUUUCGAAAACCUGAGUACUUCUAUUAUACCAUAAGAACUCUACCAUGAUAUCUCUCAAUUAACAACACAGUUUUAAUGAAAACUUUUCAAGUAUUCUAGAAAGUUUAAUGUAUUACCAUCUAAAGCCAAACCUCCUCCUAUACUUUAGGACCAAACGAAGCUUGAAGCAAUGUUGCAGGCUUUAAUGGAUAACAACGUGUAACAAAGCCUUGUGAUUAAGAGUAAAAUAUUUGGGAAUCUCUGUUUCAAAAUAGUAGUGAUCGUAGUGCCUUCAAAAUUUGUAUCCAGAGGAAACCACAUUUUCAGUAAUGCACUCAUUCUUUUCCUUUGCCAUAUUCAGGGGUUCAAGUCAGACUUUUAAGCAUAUCUCCAGUGAAGACUGCUUGACACAUAUUUGAAACUAAAGUGUUAUGCUUUAUACAACCUUGAGUUAUUGACACAGAUAUCUUUUUGUAUGCUUGUCAUCGCUUCCUCAUUGCUAAACAAGAAGUAUUCGUUUUUUUGUAUUUUUUUGCACAGGUCAGCAACAGAGUUGUUAGAUAUUCUCUUUUCAUUUGUCACUUAGCAAUUCUGUUGAGGCGUGCUCAUUUGAACCUUACUUUCUUUCUGUCCCAAUAUAAUGCAGUCAACUACAAAUUGGACUGUGCUAGAUCCACCCAAAAAGAAUAGUAUAAAUGAUCAUUGUUUAUCGUGGAUAAAGACAGGUGUUAUUAUUUAAAACCUUUGAUUAACGAUCUCUCUUAGUUUUAGAACAGCUUGUUGGAUACUUAUUACGCCCUGCAAAACUUGGAUUAGAGGAAAAUAUACAAACUACUUGAAAUGUAAAUUUAUCCUGAAGGUACACUUCAAAUUAUAUAUCCUGAUCUGGUACAGAGAUCCAGUUUAAGUCCUCAAGAGCUAAAUGCCUAGUGUUUUUUUCCAUGAGGAAUCUGCAUUGUCAUUACCUUAACAGUAUACCAGAGUGUGAGUGUUUUGAGUGCAAUAAGGGAAGGGGAAAUCUAUUUUGUUCAAAGGAUGAUGAUUUAUAAAACAGGCUGUAGAUUUGCCAGUGAAUGCUUUGUUUUAAUUUUUUUUUUCUGUAGUGCUUAGACUUAAUCUAAUUUUAUUUAAAUUCAUCCUAUUAGCUCAAAAUUAUAAUCCGAUUUCAUUGUGCCAAGGAAAACUUUUUAAAAAAGAAAGUGAGAAAAAAAUGUUACUAAAGUGCACAAAAUGUGUUUUUAUUUUGAAAUGGUUACAGCUAUUUCAUGGUAUAUAAAAGGUGCUUAAAGUGAGUAAUUGUUCUUGAGAGGUUAUACAUAGGAGAGAAUGAAUUUGGGUGGUGAGAAAAUUGUCCACUAAAUGCUUCUUGCACUUAAUCUGCCCAACUUCUGCCCCAGAAAUAAAGCUUUUUUUUUUGCACGAGUUAAGUAUGAUUGACCCUCAGUUACUAUCCAACAAGACAUGUGCUUCUGGAAGGCAUGACAGAUUCAAACAGCUGCUUUUUCCAGUUCACUUCCCCUUCCAAUAUUGAAUACUCAAAUUUGAUGAAACUUGCCUUUUAAAGCAGGUGAGAAUUUGCCAGACCUCAGCCAUUUGUGUUGAAAUUCUGCUUAAAUCUCCAUGAAAUGAAUCUUAUUUUUUUUAAUUUGAAGCUCUUUGUUUCGUCUGUAAUUACUUGAUGUUACUUUCAUAUCGCAGAACAAUAUAUGAUUUGUAAUUGAUUUGAAACGAAUGUUGACUUUGUUCCCUGUCCUACAGUGAAGUAGCAUCAUGAAUGACUGUUUUUUGAGCAGUGUAGAAAAAAACUUGAAAUUUGAAGAUAUUUAUUAUCCAAAAUAUGGAUAUAUAUUGAAAUUGCUGCUGGAAAUAGAUAUUUUCUCAGUAACCUUAGUAUAAGAAUGAAAAAUUGAGUUGUGUGAUUAUCUAUAAAUUUUAUAAUUUCUUCCUGACCCGCUAUCGGCAUUGAGAAGCAAUGAUUGAUUGCUGUACUGAUACAAGAUGUAUUAUUUUUGAACUUCAUUGUUCCCCCAAAUCAUUUGGUAUGAUACAUUUUGGCAAUUCAAACCUGUUGAGUUUCUAUCCAAAGGAAUUUUUCACCCAUUUGUAAACAUCUAAAGCCAAAGCGUCCUCCACCAGAAUAACAAUGUGGCAAGGUUUGCUUUGCACACUGAAAUUCAACAUUGCUCUUAGUUAACUAUUUAGUAAAUGGCUGCAGGAUUGGACUAAUUUGGGAUUUAAAAAGAUGUCCAGCAAUAUACUGAGCAAUCUGUGGUUAGGAAAGCUCUAACCUUGCUUCCAAUUUUGAUUCUUGAUUAUUAAAAAGAUGCAACUUUAGCUAUUGUUCAGUGGUCCAUGUCUUGUAGACAUCUCUCCCUGUAAGCAUAAAGUACAUACGUUUGGUUCUACAGAGAAAACUAUCCCAUCGUGAUUGACAUUAUGUAUCAAGCUGUGUUGGAAUUUCAAACUCUGAACACAAACAUGGGAGAUAAGUAUUCAUCUAUCUGUAUAAAAUGAUUGGCCUUGAUAAGUUACAGUGAAACACAUUUACAAUGACAAAAGCAGUCGCUUUUGAGAUUUUAAGUGUUCUAUAAUAUUGUGAGUAUUGAUUAUAUUGUAGUACUGUCCCAAUCUGGUUUAUGAAAGACCUCAGAAACAAUAUUAGCCACAUCUACACAAGACUUAAUUAAGUGGUUCAAAUAAAAUUGUUAAAGUGCGUCCAAGUAAAGUUGUUAUAAGUGCGUCUUCUAGUCAAGAGCAAAGUUUUUUUAAACUUGGGUUUUUGUCCAUCCUUGCAGAUAUUGUCAUUUAUACUUUGGAAAUUGAGUAGCUAGUCCUGUGAGGUAAUCUGAUAGCAACAUUGCUACGUUUUAAAAGAUUUUGAAGUCCACAAAAGUAUGCGAUGAAUCUUGUGGUCCACAUUUUACACACUCUUUCCAUUGCUCUCAAGGUUCAACACUUAUUUUGAAUCCCAGGCUGUAAUAAGAACACUUUGUAUGCUUGCAGUAGACCUUGAGUGAAUUAGCUAUUUCCAGAUUUAUUUUUCUAAAGUUUUGUGUUUGAUAUUUGUCCCUCGGUUCAAAAUGAAGACCCUGUUUAAACGACAAAUCAGGUUCUUAAGGACAUAACUCUGUUGCAACCAGCAAAAAAUUGCUCAGUUUAACUCAUUUCCUUUUGACAGGAUAUUAGCUUCUGCCAAAUCUGUGCAGUUUUGGCUGUCAUUUUGGAUUUUUGAAUCACUUUGUGUAAUUGUCAUCAUAAAAAUGUUGCAGAAAAUUGUCUCAUGGAUUCUUUGAGCAUUGUGCAGAACAUGAAGUAUUGUCACUGACUUUUUGUGUUGAAAUUAAUAACUCCGUCUCCCCUCGUUGCCACUUUGGCACUUUUCUUUAUAUAACUGGUCUUGGCUGCAUUCUCUUUCUGUGGGGUUUACAAGGAAUAAACGUUUUUCUUGCA